GUGGAUACAGUUGAAGUCGACAGGAUGCAAUAUGCUACAGUUAUAACACUGUACAUUUAUUCUUCGUGUGUGGUCUUCCGCUUGACUAUCAGUUCAUAGUUUUAUGACCAGAUCCUCAAUCGAAAGUCCAAUUUAAUGUCUUGGGUUGCACCUGGACUACCGUAGCUACCGCAAGAUAGGGCUACUUCAACCUAGCCGCAUACCUGGUCACCAGCAUGGUUCAGGGACAAUUUAUGUUGCUAAGUCAGAGUUUCCUGUGACGGGAAGAGGAAGAGCCUUUCGACAGGUCCGGUUCUUAUUAUACAGCAAACCCUUCGGUGACUGCCAUAAUGUGUACAUCCCUAUACUACCGAUUCGGGAUUCUAUAGCCGCAUAUAUCCACUUCAUAAAUAAAAGUCGGUAAUACAUUUCGAGAUAUCUUCGCUGUUGGUAGCUAGAGGUCGCUGAAAGGUUGCAUCAUCUUUGUUACCGGGUGAGCGCUGUCUGAUCCGGAGCCACAAUCAGAGGCUAACAAUUCGGAUGACAUUGGUGACAGGGGAAGAGGGACGAUAUGGUCCUAUUAGUAACUGACUGAAUAUGGGACAAGAGGUUUUUGUUUAUUGGCCCAACAUCAUAGGUGAGAGAAAAAAAAGUUUUUGUCUCUUACCAGAGACCUAUGGCAAGAUAAAUGUAUAGUAAGCAAGAAGCAUAAGUAAUGGAUGCUCCAUUGAUUAAAUAAUGUACAUAAUGUAUUAUUAGUUGUACAAUUUACUAAUUUCUAACAGUAUUCUUGAUUUUUCUCAUGUUCAUUCUUCAUUCUGGUUACAGGUUAUAUCCGCCUAGUCUUUAUACUUUCUGCUUGGACUGCCUUCAACAAUCCACCCGUGUUUCUCUCCACCUACUCCAUCUCUGUCAUUCUAGAUGGUAAAUAAUAAAACAAUUAAAUCAUCUUCAAAGUCAUGUUUAAACAUGAAAUAUCAUACUAAAAUGAUCUUGAUUGCGAUAUGCCUAUUUAACAGUAGUCCAAAGUUUGUGUGCAUAUUCCAUUGACCUAUCAGUUUACACUUUAUGACCGAAUCCUCAAUUCCAAGUUAAAUCACAUUACAAUAACGUCCAGUUGCACCUGUGUAUAUUUAUGGCUAUUGAACAGUAGCCCACAGUUUCUGUGUUUUUUGUUAUCACAUUAACAUAUGUAGUUCCUGUGUUGUCCAGGGCUGGAUGGAUGGCUAGCUCGGAGGCUUGGGCAGACCUCCAGGUUUGGGGCCUGGUUAGACGUGGUGAUAGACAACCUUGGGAGAAGCAUGGUGUGGAACCAGCUGUAUGAAGUAGGUAGGCUAUGUACCUUCAAGACAGAGGCUGAGUCCCAAAUGCCACCCGAUUCCCUAUAAAGUGCACUACUUUUGACCAGAGCCUUAUGGAUAGUAAUGCACUACAUAGAGAAUAGGGGGGCAUUUGUAGCCCACAAAUGGUGAGUGCACCGUGAACCAUCAGAUCCUCCUCUCCACCCUCUCAGGGCUGGGCGUCUCAGGCUCUGCACACACUUGGAUUACAUCCUACCUGGCAGGCCGCUCCUACCAGGUGACGAGGAGAGGAUCUGUGUCUGCACCACGUGCUAUAUUUAAGUGUUUUUUUUAGUUGUAGAGCCCCUGCCCAUCUUCCCAAAAUGUCUGAAACCCUACCUCUUUGAAGAGUAUCUUAAAUAACUCUCAUGGCGCCCCUGACGCCCUCCCUCCCAAUUAAAAAAUGACAAUAAUACAGUUCUAAAAGGCACUAGUCUUUUCCAACCAGCACUGACUUUGCUGAUAACUUCUUUGUUGAGGGAAAAAUAUACUUGAUACGAUUGUGAUGUGUUGUUGUACCACCUGGCGAUCUUAACAUGAAUUCACUAACUAAGUCACUCUGGAUAAGAGUGUCUGCUAAAUGACUCCAAUGUCUAAAUAUGUUUCUUAAACACUGAGCACUACCGAAAACAUGUCUCUCUUUCUGUGCAAACUUUGAACUUGUUGAACCUUGAGGCAGCUUUCAGUUGUGCACUUUUCGUCAUGUAAUGGCAAUGUUCACUAAAUAACCUGUAUAGUAAGUAACUGCAGUGCAACACAGGCUCUGUCGUAGUCGGCCGCGACCGGGAGACCCCAUGGGGACGGCGCACAAUUGGCCCAGCGUUGUCCAGGGUAGGGGAGGGAAUGGCCGGCAGGGAUGUGGCUCAGUUGGUAGAGCAUGGUGUUUGCAACGCCAGGGUUGUGGGUUCGAUUCCCACGGGGGGGGGGGGGCCAGUAUAAAAAUGUAUGCACUAACUGUAAGUCGCUCUGGAUAAGAGCGUCUGCUAAAUGACUAAAAUGUAAUGUAAUGUAACAUGAGACAUCAAGAGUGUAUUAUGUCCUGCCAGUCUUCCUUGUGUAGGCCCUGGUAUGCCAGCGUCCAUAUAAUGUUCUGUUCUGUUCUAGUGGGGCUGGCUGGUGUCUUCAGUGGAGUGGUGUGUGUUUGUGUGUAACCACACUGCCCGUGGUGCCCAGUGGAAGAGCAGCUUUACAGACAGCCCUCUGUGGGUACAGACCAUCAUGGCCAAAGGUAAAGGGCUAAUCCACUACACUGGAUGUCUGAAGCCAGCCUUUAGUCUAUGACAUGUUUUUCAUAAACGUUUCACAGAAGUUGUCUGCCAAAAUAAGACAUUCUAAUAAGGUGUUCUCUGCUGUAGCUACCUGUCAUGUUUUGGUUCAUCUCAAUGAACGAUAUAUUUGAACUUAGAAAAUGGAAUAAGAUGAGCCUGAUCCUAGACACCGAGACACUUUUGAAUACAGACCCUGGAUUUCAGACUGAAGUGAAUGGAAAGAUCCUGGAACAUUCUCUCUCAUGUUGCUAGGGUUUCGGACGCCCCUGGGGACGUGGGUGAUUGGUGGUUUACACGGCCUACCCCUGUGGCUGUAUGGGUACCAGCGGGGGGUCCUCACCCACCCCCUCUGUGCCCCCCUCUGGCUGCAGACACUGGGGACUCUGAUCCUGGCAGGAGGGAGGCUCCUGGGUGUCUCAGUGGAGGUAAGACAACUGACUGAUGGGACUACACUGAUGUAAACACACAUACUCGCACACACACGUUGACACUUUUUUUACCCCCCUUUCUCUCCGUCUCUCCAGAUAUGGUGCAUAUGGGCUCACAUUAAAUACCUUACCAAAGAUGAGGUGGAGGAACAGAGGGAGUGAGAAUGACAGAAUACUGAAGCACUCUGUUCUAUGCUGCUCAUAAAGCCUCAGGAACUCCUAUUUUGACAGGGUCCAAAUGUGCUGUAAACUAAAAAAGCAACAUUCAAUUAAAACCGAGUUUUGAUUAAAAGAGACAAAAAGAAAAGUGAAGAGCACUUAAACGGAAGUAAACAAACUACUACUACAUGUUGCUAUGAUUUGACCUGUUCUACACGUUGCUAUGAUUUGACCUGUUCUACAUGUUGCUAUGAUUUGACCU